AUGACUACUCGACCUAUGUCUGCUGGUUCACUAACAUUAGAUCAACGACAAAUAGUUCGUUGUCAAUCGACUGAAGAAAUAAAAUCAAAUAAUGCUCAGCAGAACAAUAUAAAUCAACAAAUUCGUAGAUAUGCAUAUGAUCAUCAUAAUGUAUUAUAUCGCCAAAAUCAACGUGAUGUGCAAUUAGGGCAUUCUAAUCCAUCGAAUGAAAAUUCACUACUUCAUAGUUUUGCUUCGAGCCAAAGUUAUCUACCAGCAGAACACGUCGAUUGUCCUAUGGAUGAGCGUGUACGUUUUAUGGAUGAUUACCACCUUUCAUCGACUAUCGAAGAACGUUUUAUAUAUCCUCGAGAAAGCGAAUGUAUACAGGAUACUCAAGAACAUCGCAUGCUACCAACAAUUAUUUUAAAUAAUAUUGGUUCAAGUCAAAUCACCAAUGGUGAAAAUAACCGUAUUAACAUGGAUGUAGUAACACAAAAUAAUCCCGGUAAAAUUACUGCACCAUUAAGCCCAAUUGACAUACCGGCGGAGACUACUGUGAUAGGCAAUGCUGUAACAGGAGCACCACAUGAGAUUUCACAGGACACAGAUUUUUCCGUUAUUACAAGCGAAACACAAAAUAUUCAUGAAAUAUCCAAGGACAGUGUUACGGAUGAAGAAAGUCUUAUUCCUGAUAGCUUCAUGUAUGUUGAAGAUAAUGAUGAAUCAAUUCAUUGUAACAAUCAAAUAGUAGUUGAAACAUCACCAAAUAAUGCAGCUAUUGCUAAUGUUGUUUCAACACGUACUCCAUCAAAUCAAAUGAAUAAUGUUGAUGAACAAUCAGCUCGAACAAAAUUGACAAAUAAUACAGAUACAUUAUCUCCUGAAACAUUAGAAAUUGCACGAGAUAUUGCUACAAAUGAAGCUACUCCUCAAGCAAGUUUAUGUGUUGGUGAUAUACAAGCUACAAGAGUUGCAAAAUUACCAACUGCAUUUGAACCAAUUGAUGAUUCAAAUGAAGAAAUUUGUCCAUAA